CUAAAAGUCAAAAUAUACAAAGUUCAGUCGAAACGCGUUACAAAAUCCGAGUCCUAGUACAAAUAAACAUUAAAAUACGAUGAUGGCUCAGAAAGUGCCAAUAAAAUUAACGUUCACUCGGACAGUGCUACCACUUAAAGUAGAUUCGCACAAGACUGGGGUUCUCCCUACAAAAAACAAAGUCGAAAUCGACGACGCAUACAAAGAUUUUUUUGCUGCACUUUUUAAAAUCAAGGAUCGGGAUGUGCACCAGAGAGUUUUGCAAGCGGUUAAUGGACAAAAUCUAACAUGUGCCAACUGUGCCAAUAAAAUUGAAUCAAACGAAUCGUCCGCGCCCAAUAAAUCCAAAAAUCCAACGUCAUCGUUCAGUUUUGCGACACAAACUCUUGCCAGAGAUUUCGAAUUUUUGGAAAAAAUCAACAGUUCUGCGAAACGAGCAGCCACAAUGAAGAGCACCAAUGAGUGCCAUUUAUUUAACAAGAUACAAUUGGGACGCGCCAGACGCAAGGUUGGGCCAUAUGCGAAGAAAACGGACAACGAAUUGGAUAAAUCUAUUUUACCCAGAAAAAAGGCCAAUCAUCUGCGAUACACCUACUAUGAACCCAACAGUCUUUUGGAGAAAGCCCGAAAACCUUUCACCAAAGUCGAACCGCCACCAAUCCAAAAGAUAACGGAAAACUAUUCAAUCACCGAGAAAUUGCUGCUUGACAAUUUGGACGGCGAUCAGUCAAUGCCGCCUCAUGGUUUCUUCGAUUUCGUAUCGAAUGAACAGCCGACAAAGUACAACGAUUUCUUCCUCGUUUCGAGAAUGGAAGAGGAAAUGCGCACAGCCGGUAUACCUGAUGAAGAAGGAUUGUUUUCAAUACACAAGGCCACAAUAACUGGAGAUCUAUUUAAGCUGAGGCGACUUAUGGUCAUUUUCAAAUUCAACAAAUGGAAUGUCAAUAUCCGUUCGGAGGAUGAAAAGAAAGAGACGCCCCUUCAUUUCGCGAUGGCUUGCACGAAAAACGAUCGCAACAACGACAUCAUCAAUUUGCUGUGCAAGAGCGGUGCCGAUGUUAUGGCAACCAACGAUGUCGGUGAUACCGUUCUACAUCUGGCUGCUGAAACAAUCGUCGAUUUCGGUGUUAUCACAAGACUACUCAGCAACAAAAUUAGUCUCGAUGACCUGGCUAAACAAAACGACAAAGGUCAAACUAUUUUGCACGUCGCUGUCACCAACAACAACCGCUUGUUCGUCAAGGCAAUACUCAAUUUUAUCGAUGAAGCGUUGAAUAUUUCAUCAAUCGGCAAAGACGUUCCAUUCGUCACCGAUGGUUUCCAGGAAUUGGACACGGUGCACUUGAAUUUCGUGAAAACUUUCAUCGACGAAGAUUUCCAAAAACCGCCACUCAAUGCCACCAAAAUGAGAAUUUUGAAUCAACAGGAUGGACGAAUGGGUAAAACGGCCGCCUUUCUGGCAUUGGAAAACAACGACCAGUCGACCUGCUUAAUGUUACUGGCGCAUUUUGUCGACACACGGAUCGAAGACUUCAGCAAUACGUCGUGUGCGUUUUACAGUACGGAGGUGUUGAAGAACCGCAUACUGUCGCAGGCUAUUUAUUAUGCGGACUCGAUGCAUAAUGCAGUCGGAUUUAAAACGCUUAAGCAGACGGUACGGUAUCGAUCUAGUGAGGGUAGAAAGUCUAGUGAGGGUAGAAAACGGGUGGUAUUGAAUGAAGAAGACCGUGACGAUGGCGGCGACAUUAUGUCGAAGGUGGCAAAAGUUUUCAGUUGAACAUCAAUUUGUUGUAAGAAAUGUCGAUUGCUAUCGUUAAAUUAGCUUCGACGAUGUAAAUGUUAACACGAAAUGGAACACGAAUACAAGUUAAGAAUUCGAAAC